AUGCGUAUUUUGCGUAUUUUGUUUUCAUUGGUAAUCUUCGGAUUAAUAGUUCAUGUAUUGCCAACAACCACCACACCAAAUGUGCCUGUUUCCGCCGCUACGAACACUUCAAACGUGACCGCUCCUGCCGGCAAUUCGACAAAAAGUCCUAAUGCGACCGCUCCUGCCGGCAAUUCGACGAAAAAUGUAAACGUGACCGCUCCUGCCGCCAAUACGACGCAGCUGGCUCUUGUGAGCUCGGCGAGCCCUCAAACCUGCAAAAAUGGAAACGGCACACACUGCCCGUCAUGUGCAUACACGAUCAAUGUUCACAAGGACACGCCGAAGUACAUCGGAUAUGGCAUCCUGAUCGCCUUCGUCAUUUUCCACAUUUUUUUGUAUUUCUACCUCGAGGAUCAGAAGGCGAGGGAGCAGAAGAAAUAUUUUGAGGAGCUCAUCGCUGAGCAGAUGGCGGCUAGGAAGCGAGAAGAACAAGACGAUCAGCAGCACGAGGAUGAGGAAGAAGAUGAGAGGAGAGGAACGCCGAGAGCGGUUGGCUUAUGGAAUUGCCGCGAAUCCGUAUGUGGUAGCAGAGAGCAAGACUUCCAAUGGAAACGUCACAAAAGUGAUGGAGAAACGACGAUCCGCGGUGGCCCCGCCCAUCACACCAGCCCUCGGAGCAGGCUCGAUCAACGGACCAUACGAGAGUCGGACCAAGACCGCUCAAAAGGAAGAAGCAAUAAGCUGUCACUUGCAAGUGAUCGCCGACAAUUGGGGACGUGGAAAGGAGCUCAUUUCGCUCAUCAAUGAUUUGGAUCUCCCUGCGCCGCUGGUGACGACAGAGGAAAAGGCACGGUACGCUUUGGAGCUCGUGCAACAUCAUGUGGAGAAAAUGACCGAGCAGAAGGUUUUCCUGCACGGAUAUCUUGAUGAUGGACCGCCGUUCGUUUGCUCAUCGGAUACCUUGGCGAAGGAGAUCUUCAGCGAUGCCCGUCUUGAGCUGAAGCUUGAAUUGACGUCACCGGUGCACAUGAAGAUGGACGUGUUCUCUGUGAAAUUGGAGCCACAACAGAAGACAGUUCUGCCAGAACCCACCAAGGAAACGCCGAAAACCGACGCUCUACUCACACCGGGAUCUCAUAUUAAGGGAAGAUCAAUGGCGGCUGAAUCGUCGAAGCGCAAAGCCCCGAAGCUGUCCACUGAUUUGACGAACUUGGUCCCACUGCUCCACCAAGCUCAGAUGCUUCCAGUCACCGAAAAGGCCACCAAGGAGAAGCUCCAGACUCCAAAGCAAUCGCCAAUGCCAGGCACCCCGGAAAAUACGACGCUCCCACCGUCCUUGAUUAAGAAGAAGAAGAAGGAGUCGACAUCGGAACAAGCAGCGCCGGAAGCGGUCGUCACUGUGGACAAGCCACACGAUUGA